UCGGCCCGGCCCCCGCACGCCGCACUGCUCCAGCCGCCGCCGCACCAUGAGGUUCUCCGCACUCUGCCGCCUAAGCCGGGGAGCUGCCGCCCCGCUAGCCGGGAGGAAGGGGAUCGCGCCCCACCGGGGCACGGCCAGUGCCUGGGGCCGCUGGGAGACGCAUCAGGCUGGCGGCGCGCGGGGCUCGGCUGCCGGAGAAAUCAUUCAGAGUUCAAAGAAAGUCCUGGCAUCCUUGCAGAAAGGACACCCUACAUUUAAGCCAACACUUGCCAUUGUACAGGCGAGUGAUGAAGAUUUGGUGCAAGAAAUAAACCAGAACUUUGCCAAAGAGAUUGGUCUGCACGUUAUUCACAUUUGCAUCCCUCAAGGUAGCAGUGAAGAUGAGAUUGUUGGUGAAAUCUUGAGACUCAAUGAAGAUCCUACGGUUCAUGGCGUUGCCCUUCACCUCUCUGAAAAUGCAUGCAGCAGCAAAAUAUUAAAUGCAGUAAAACCAGAGAAGGAUGUGGAUGGAGUAUCAGAUGUGAAUCUGGGACGGUUGGUGCGUGGAGAUACUUACAACUGUUCGGUUUCUCCCACUGCCAGCGCUGUGAUGGAGCUUCUUGAAAAACUAGUUAAAACCGUAGAUGGAAAGAAGGUGUUGCUAGUGGAAACUUGUGGGCCUCUGGAAGCCUCUUUGCAGUGCCUGCUUCAGAGAAAAGGUGCCAUGACUAUGAGCUGCCAGUGGAAAACACAGCAACUUCAGAGCAAGCUUCAUCAGGCAGAUGUGGUGGUGGUAGGCAGUACCAAACCUAAAGAGAUUCCAGUCAGUUGGAUAAGGCCUGGAACAACCAUUGUCAAUUGUUAUCCUGACUUUUUAUCAGGGGAACAUGGUUAUGGUCAAGAUGUAAAGUACAGUAACCAGUCUGCUAUAGAUGCUGUAGGUCCUCUGACAAUAGCAAUGCGGAUGCAGAACAUGGUAAAAACCAGCGAGAGAUGGAUCCAGUCUCAGCAAUACAGGGAGUGGAACCUCCAUUGCUUGAAACUUCAGCCCCUCUCCCCAGUGCCCAGUGAUAUUGAGAUUUCCCGAGGACAGAGUCCAAAAGCUGUUGAUGUACUUGCCAAGGAGAUAGGAUUGCUUGCAGAUGAAAUUGAAAUCUAUGGCCAAACCAAAGCCAAAGUACGUUUGUCCCUGCUGGAAAGGUUAAAGGAUCAAACAAAUGGAAAAUACGUUCUAGUUGCUGGGAUAACACCUACACCGCUUGGAGAGGGGAAGAGCACUGUCACGAUUGGUCUUGUUCAAGCUCUAACUGCACAUCUUAAUGUAAAUUCCUUUGCAUGUCUGAGACAACCUUCCCAGGGACCUACUUUUGGAGUUAAAGGUGGGGCUGCUGGAGGUGGAUAUGCUCAAGUCAUUCCAAUGGAAGAGUUCAACCUUCAUUUGACUGGAGAUAUCCAUGCUAUUACUGCUGCUAAUAAUUUGCUGGCUGCUGCUAUUGAUGCAAGGAUCUUGCAUGAAAGCACUCAGUCUGAUAAGAGGUUGGGGAUAAACAAGACCGAUCCAGGCACUUUAACAGCAGAUGAGAUUAAUACAUUUGUACGCCUUAAUAUUGACCCAUCUACCAUAACAUGGCAAAGAGUAUUAGAUACAAAUGACCGAUUCCUACGAAAAAUAACAAUUGGGCAGGCAAAUACAGAGAAGGGAUUUUUCCGACAGGCUCAGUUUGACAUUGCUGUUGCAAGUGAAAUCAUGGCAAUCUUAGCACUGACCACCAGCCUGGCAGAUAUGAAAGAGAGACUGGGAAAAAUGGUGGUGGCUAAUGACAAAAAUGGACAGCCAGUGACAGCUGAGGAUUUGGGAGUAACAGGUGCUUUGGCAGUUUUGAUGAAGGAUGCAAUUAAGCCAACACUAAUGCAGACUUUAGAGGGAACUCCAGUAUUUGUGCAUGCUGGACCGUUUGCUAAUAUUGCACAUGGAAACUCUUCGGUUCUGGCAGACAAGAUUGCCCUGAAGCUGGUUGGAGAAGAAGGAUUUGUGGUAACUGAAGCUGGUUUUGGUGCUGACAUUGGGAUGGAGAAAUUCUUCAACAUCAAAUGCAGAGCGUCUGGCUUAGUUCCCAGUGUGGUUGUGCUUGUUGCUACAGUGAGGGCUUUGAAAAUGCACGGAGGAGGGCCAAAUGUAACUGCUGGUGCCCCUCUUAAGAAGGAAUAUACAGAAGAGAAUCUCCAGCUGGUAGCUGAUGGCUGUUGUAAUCUACAGAAGCAAAUUCAGAUUGCUCAACUCUUUGGAGUUCCUGUUGUAGUUGCUCUAAAUGUCUUCAAAACUGACUCCCAUGCUGAAGUUGAUUUAGUCUGUGAGAUUGCAAAACGGUCUGGAGCAUUUGAUGCAGUGCCCUGCAAUCACUGGUCAGCUGGCGGUAGAGGAGCUGUGGAAUUGGCUCAGGCUGUGAGAAAAGCUGCCAGUCAGGAAAACCGCUUCAAAUAUCUGUAUAACUUGGAGCUUCCUAUUAUUGAAAAAAUAAGGAUCAUAGCUCAGAAGGUUUAUGGAGCUGAGGAUAUAGAAUUGUCUCCUGCAGCACAAUCUCAAAUCAGUCGUUACAGCAAACAGGGUUUUGGAAAUCUUCCAAUUUGUAUGGCAAAAACUCACCUGUCCCUCUCCCACCAGCCUGAGAGGAAAGGUGUUCCAACUGGCUUCAUUCUUCCUAUUAGUGAUGUGCGGGCCAGCAUCGGAGCUGGGUUCAUCUACCCAUUAGUAGGAACGAUGAGCACCAUGCCAGGACUUCCUACAAGGCCUUGCUUCUAUGACAUUGACCUUGACACAGACACAGAGCAAGUUAAAGGGUUGUUUUGAGAGAGGUGUCCAAGUUCAGAAUUCUGAAAAUACCAACUGCUACUUCACUGUUUCCUGCAAUAGGAGACAAGAGUGAAUUUGAAAUAUGCCUGUUAUGUGUCUCUGGAGGGAUAUCAAGAUAGACCAAAGAGAAAAAAUCUACUCUUCCUUCUACCCAUUUUUAUGACAUAAAAAAAAAGUUUGUUACAAACUAAUUUAUUCUUGGUUUAGUGGAGAGAAAUUUUUUGCCAUGCUUACUAUUGCUUGCAUUUCUGAAUGUUUGUUUUGUCGAUAAAAUGGUGUGAACAGAGAGGUGAAAUUUUCCACUCCA